GCCAUAACUUGCUUCUCAGGACUCUCUGGGGUGGAAGGAGCUGGGCGGGCUGAGCCCAUGCAAACAGAAUUGCAGAAGUGGAGCCCAGGCUUAUCACUUCCCUGAGAAGAAAAGCACAUUUCCAGUUAGCUUCCUGUGCGUGAGCUUAGUGCCUGGUGCCCUCCACGCUGCCCAAACCCAGACUGCCCCGAGCAGAAGCGACGCAGGUGGAGGACCAGGCUGUGACCUGUGGAAGAGCUGAGUCCCCGUGCCAUAAACUAGGGAGUUCUGCAGAACCUGCAAACUGAAAUCACCCAGCGCCACACUCAGCAGAAGACCAGGACCUGCCAUGGCUUUUUAGAUGAGGAGUCUCCCCACUAUGGUCCCCUGUCCUGCACAGAAAGACAUCAGCCUCUACCAGGGAAACUGAUGCCUUAUAUCCUGACGGCCUUACAGAAAUCCCACGGCUAGAAUUGACAUCCGUCUCAUGUGCCAAGAAACCAAUCCGUGCUCUGUGUAAAAGAACCCCGGAGCAGAAGGCAGAUGGAGCUUCGCACGUGACAAGAGGACCCCAAAAGCUACUCUCUUCUCCACUGCCAGGUGCCCUGUCCCCACAGGAGGCUCCACCUUGGGUCCAGAGGUUCUAGACUGCACCAGGAUGAACGAGGACCUCAGUGUAGAAGAGAAUGGUGUUGGUCGCCUGUAUUCUGGGAGCUUGCAACAGCUCAGGGAGUCUCUCACACAACCCUCGGCCAAUCACACUUCAUCCUCAGAGAGCACUGUGACUUCCAGUGACUCUGGAUCAGACACUUUGCACAUGACUCCUGGGGACCUUGACGGCAAAUCCCUCUGUGAGGAGGAGGAAGCAGGAUCGGCCUCUGCCAUGCCAGGAACCAGCCCAGCUCCGGAUAAAGCUGCAAGCCAGGACUCCGUGAACGCAGACACGGCUGCAUCGCAGCUGGAAGCAGGCGAGGGACUGGGAACAGUAGAAGACAGAGGGAAGGACAGCACCACAGGAGAAACUGAGGUUUCCCCACCUCCCAAAGCACCUGCAAAGUUAGUCAGCUUUCAGCAGCGUGAGAACACUUCAGCUAGUGAGAAGGAGGUGGAGGCAGAAUUUCUCAGGUUGUCUUUGGGCCUUAAGUGUGACUGGUUUACCCUGGAGAAGAGAGUCAAGCUUGAAGAGAGGUCCCGGGACCUGGCGGAGGAAAACUUGAAGAAAGAAAUUACCAACUGUUUAAAGCUCUUAGAGUCAUUAGCACCUCUGUGUGAGGACGACAACCAGGCUCAGGAGAUCAUUAAGAAGCUGGAGAAGAGUAUAACAUUUCUCAGCCAGUGUGCGACGCGUGUGGCCAGCAGGGCGGAGAUGCUGGGGGCCAUCAAUCAGGAAAGCCGGGUGAGCAAGGCGGUGGAAGUCAUGAUUCAGCAUGUGGAGAACUUGAAGAGGAUGUAUGCCAAGGAGCACACUGAGCUGGAGGAGCUGAAGCAGGUUCUGCUGCAGAACGAGAGGUCCUUCGCCCCUCUGGAAGAUGAGGAUGACUGUCAGAUUAAAAAGCGUUCAUCUUCUCUCAAUUCCAAGCCAUCGUCUCUUCGAAGAGUGACGAUUGCCUCUUUACCCAGGAAUCUUGGAAAUAUAGGGAUGGUGUCUGGGGUGGAAAACAAUGACAGGUUCAGUCGGCGGUCCAGCAGCUGGAGAAUUUUGGGGACAAAGCAGAGUGAGCACCGCCCCUCGCUACACCGAUUUAUUAGCACCUAUUCCUGGGCAGACGCCGAUGACGAGAAAUGUGACGUGAAAACCCGAGAUGCCCCUGAACCACCGGCAGAAGAGGCAGUGGAGAUGACCAGGAAGGCCAGCCUUUCUGAAAAGAGAAGCAGCCCCUCCACCUGGGACAGCGGGGCAGUCUGCAGCUCCGUCACUUCCUGGGUCACUCACCUGCAGGCGUCCUUCAGAAGGGCCAACAGGGUACUCUGGCUCUCUGUGGUCCUCAUCGUACUGUUUGCAGCACUCAUGAGCUUUCUCACGGGCCAGUUCUUCCAGACGGCAGUGGAGGCUGCGCCCGCACAGGAAGGCAGCGCCUGGAUGUCUCUGGAACACAUCUUAUGGCCGCUUACCGGACUCAGGCACAAUGGGCACCCACCGGUCUGACUGCAGCACAGCCAAAUGUCCCGCUCUGUUUUUAACAUUGCCCUCUGAGGUUCAUAAAGUAGUAACAUUCAAGUAA